CGUUACAUUUUUACGUGAUUCGUUACAUAAAAUUUAUCUUGUUGUAGUACUUGCACAAGUACUAUACCACUUCCAUACUUGUAACCACUAACUCUUAUUUCUAAUAGUUAUGGUUAAUCAAAGUAAAAAGCAGCGAACCCAAUCCCCUGUAAAACUGGUGUCUAAUUUAACGUCCUUGAUUGCUACAUCAAGCAACACACCCCCAACAAACGGCUAUAGUGAGUCACAUAACUCACGUGUAUGCCGUAAGCGUCGAGCUGAAACUGAAAAUAAAACUGUACUGACAGCCAGUAUUAGCACUACUCCUAAAAAUUCGGUACCCUCUGCUCAUACAGAACUCCUCCCUUCACCUUAUGUGCUUAUGGAGAAACUCCAGCCAUCAAGCUCUUUUUCAGUACUAUCUUCAGAAAUAGAACUUCUAAAGUUGUCUAUAGGAGAACUUAAGGCUGAGUUAAGGGAAAUAAAAAACAGCAAGUCAGUAAAUGCUGGAAACAUCGAAACCAAUACCGAGAUAUGCAAAUUAUCAGAUCAGAUCAGCGAUAUCAGAUCGCAGGUCUGUGGACUGACACCUCUAACUAUCCUCAUGAAAACGGUAAACCUUAACAAGCUUGACACAGAAUCGGUAACUAAGGUAGAUAACCUCAUUAACUUUGUUACCACAGAAGUAACAAAACGACUCGACGCAAAACUGAGUGCUAUUGUCUACAACGUUCCGGACAAUGAGGCAAUAAAAAAGGUACAGCGCAUCUUACUUAGUGAAGCGAAAAUGCCUAACUCCAAGACUAAGUGCUACAGGCUGAAGAAGAGUCAACAUGAAAAGUGCUGUCCUAUUCGAUUUCAGUUCGAAACACCGGCAGAGACCAGAAAAUUCAUUCACUCCCAACACACCCUAUCGCAAGCCAGAAACUACAAACAUAUAAAGGUCGGGGUGGACAAAACAGUUAUAGAAAGGCGCGCACACAACUAUCUCACUAAGACUAAUUGUGAAAUAGGUAAUAGGACAUUGCAGCAAGCCAUUAUCCCCAACCCUGUGAAAGAUACAGUAGACCCCACCGCAUCACCCCUCUCAAAACACACAGAAAUGUCCCAUCAGAGUGCAACACCA